AGAUGCCGGAUCCGCAGCAGUGCCCGGCCGGGCCCGGCAGCGCCCUUACGCCGCCGCCGCCUUGGCCGGCAGCUUCUGAGGCGGGCGCGCCGUGACGGACGGACGGGACGGACCGUCACCGGGGGCACCGUCACCCCUCUCACGAAGAUGAACAUAAUGGACUUCAAUGUAAAGAAGCUGGCGGCCGACGCCGGCACGUUCCUCAGCCGCGCCGUGCAGUUUACAGAAGAAAAACUUGGGCAAGCAGAGAAGACUGAAUUGGAUGCUCACUUAGAAAAUCUUCUGUGCAAAGCAGAAUGUACUAAGCAAUGGACAGAAAAGGUUAUGAAGCAGACAGAGGUGCUAUUGCAACCCAAUCCAAAUGCUAGAAUGGAAGAGUUUGUCUAUGAAAAACUAGACCGCAAAGCUCCAAGUCGUAUGAAUAACCCAGAAAUACUGGGCCAGCACAUGAUUGAUGCUGGGAAUGAGUUUGGUCCUGGAACAGCAUAUGGAAAUGCUCUCAUUAAAUGUGGAGAAACACAAAGACGAAUUGGAGCAGCAGACAGAGAACUAAUUCAGACAUCGGCAAUAAACUUCCUCACACCUCUGCGAAAUUUUAUAGAAGGAGAUUAUAAAACAAUUACUAGGGAACGCAAAUUAUUACAAAAUAAAAGACUAGACUUGGAUGCUGCCAAAACAAGACUGAAAAAGGCUAAAUUAGCAGAAGCUCGAGCUGCACAACUAAACCUGUCUCCACCUGAAGAAAAUAACAUUAUGGUAAAUGUCUCAUACAUGCUCAACUUGGUGCAUGUAAAAUGGCUACAGGUUUGGGCAGAGGAAGUAACAAAAUCUGAACAGGAAGUCAGAAUAGCCCAGAGUGAGUUUGACCGUCAAGCAGAAAUUACUAGACUUCUGUUGGAAGGCAUCAGCAGUACACAUGCACAUCACCUUCGCUGUUUGAAUGAUUUUGUAGAAGCUCAGAUGACGUAUUAUGCACAGUGUUACCAGUAUAUGUUGGACCUUCAGAAACAGCUUGGAAGCUUUCCAUCUACGUUCCUUGCCAACAAUCACCAGUCUUCGUCAAGCUGUGCUCCAAGUAGUUCCGUUACUACUACAGCUGCCUCCUCUGCCUCUGUUACAGCCUCAUUGUCCUCAAUAAGCAAUGCAGCAGCUACAUCCAGCUUGGGUGACGUGAAGUCCGCAAGCGGCAACAGAAAAGCCAGAGUUCUUUAUGAUUAUGAUGCUGCAAAUAGCAGUGAAUUAUCACUUCUUGCAGAUGAGGUAAUAACAGUGUACAGUAUGCCUGGCAUGGAUUCAGACUGGUUGAUGGGCGAACGAGGAAAUCAGAAGGGCAAAGUGCCUAUUACUUACUUAGAACUGUUAAACUGAAUAACUGGCUUGUAUAAAGACUGCCAGUUAUGGUGAGACCAUAUUUAUAUGCAAUUAACUUUAUAUAAAACAGGUUUAAGUGUCUUCCAUGUUAACAUCUUAAAGGAUGUGAAUACCAGCCAUUAGAAAUGGGCUUUUAUGCCAAUAUUCUUGCAUGGUAGAUACUCUUUUCAGAUCUAAGUUGUUUAAAAGCUUUUACUUUAUGUGCCAAGACUGUUUCUACAGAAUUUUGUUUCUACUGGAAUUUUCACUAAUAACAAACUUCUGCUUUUGAGUAAUCUAAACUGAAAAUGGGAGGUAUUGUUUUCUACAGAACUUUUCAUAAUGGCAAGCUUCUUCACCAACAAUAAAAUUGUUAAACAGUAAUUUCUUUUGCUAAACAAAUAUUUGAUGUUUAAUGUCUUAAAGGGCUAUGAUUAUAGUUAUGCAGCUGAAGAUUACACUUUUACUGAAAACAUUAAAUAGAAUUCUGAAAGGAAAUGCACAGCAUAAAAAGAGCCCUACUAGAGGGAUCAGAUUAAGGCGUGUUAAAUUGAGUUUUCUGUACUCACAGUAGCCAACCAGAUGUCUAUGGGCAGCACAAAAGCUGUUUGUGAUUAACCAGCGACUGGAAUUCAGAGACAAUUUGCCUCCCAAUUUUGGAGGUAGCUCAAAACUUAGUUCCAUUUUAAAAUAUACUUUAAAAAUCGAUAACUCCAAAUUUGUCCAGGUGGCAUUAUUCCAAAUAAUAGCUAAUAGAACUAUGGUGAUCCCCAUCAGAACACAAAUGGUGUAAAUACCACAACUCCUUUACAGGUUUUGUUGUUGUUACCAUCACAGAUGAAAAUAUCAAGACCACAAAUUGUGCAUUCACCAACAUAACCUUUCAUUAUUUAUGUAUUUUGAAAAACUUUGAUUUGAAAAUAGUUCUUGAUUUUAUUUAUUCACAAAAUGUAUUGUGUUCAGUCGUGUUAAAGAGCAACAGCAUACAGCUGUCAUGAGUGGUUUGGAGAGGAACAGUGAAUAUUAAGUUUUAUUAAAUACCAUGAUUUGGAAAAGAAGACUUCCAACAUUUGAAGAACAUCGGCUAAUACAGUUGGUAAUCAAAUCCUGUGAUGUCAUCAGCUGUAUCCAGUGUUGGUCCUACUCAGAGUAGGCCCAUGGAAAUUGAUGGACAUAACUGACUUAGGUGCAUUAAUUUCAAUGGGUCUACUUUGAGAAGAGUUGAAUGGAAACCUCGUAUGAUUAGAGGUGAGAGUUCCGUGUUAUCUGGGACUGCAAGAUAUAUGCUUCUUAGCUAAGCCUUCUGAAAAGCAAUCCACUGACUGAUGAGUGUGAGAGAUAGUCCUGAGCUUGGUAUAUAGGGAGGGAAACUAACUGCUUGGCUUAUUGACUGAUGAAUUACUUCCAUGUAUGAAUUUGCCAGCGGUGAUGGAAGGAACUAAAUACUGAUCCCAGAGUGGAGAGACCUGCCUGUAUAUUCCAGUAAUUGGGGCAGAGGGAGAGGAGCAGCCGUUGCACAUUUCAGCUGUAGUUCAAAGCGUGAAAGACUUUUCCUCAAAAAAGUAAGAACCUGAGAAAAGAUUCUGAAUAUUCAAGUAAGUUCUGUACAUUGAGGGAUAUCAGAAAUUGAAUUUGCACAUGCUACUGUACACUACUGGGCAUUUUGACAGGAGGCAUGCAGGAGUCAGAAAAUGAAGAACAACGGAGGUCAGAAAGCUGGCUGAGUUAUCCUUUCAGUAGUUCAAGGAGAGUAUUCUGUAGUCUGCGUUUCUCCAUGACUAGCAGAAGCAGAAUAAACUAAAACAUGAAACUGCCUGACCUGCAACCUGUAUAGAUUAUUCAGAAUCCAGCUCUUCUUAAUGCAGAAUUUUGAUAAUAUUUUUAAUACCUAGUACAGCUCUGUACAUAAUCUGUCCUUGGAAUACCAUUUUUUUUGUGCCAUUUUGGUAAAAACGCACAAACUUUCCUAUGUGAGGCGAAAAAACACAGCCUAUGACUAAUGUGUUGGAAGAGAGUUUGGACAGCAAGAAGGGAAUCCCAGUUUGUAGCACCUGUACUGGGGCUGCACACACACUCCCUCACCCACUAGCCGUGGAGCGGCUAAAAAGGUUUUGAGUAUCUGCAAUUUUUGUGUGUACAUGGAACCCUUAGAACCAAACCCCUAUGUAAGGUGCAGGAUUACUGUAUACUGAAAGCUCAGCAGCUAAUGGCAGUGUUCCCAGCUGCUCUUUGUUUAUAUUUGCUUUUUGGAAUAAAUAUUGCCAAUUUAUUAGGGACAAUAUAGGGUACAAUUGCAAAUGCAGUGAAAUCUUUUUCCAGGGUCUAUGACAUGAUUGCAUUUGCGGCUUUUGCUGUCAGUGAGAGAACACUGUUUGGGGCUGCGAUGCCCUUGCUUUCCUCUAGCUAUUUGUCAGAUUGUUUGGCAACCUUCACAGCACACUUCAAGGCAGCAGAAAACUUUUAAUGAAUUUUCACCUAACGCUUGUGGAAAAGUUAAAAAUACUUUUCUUGAUUGUCUACUUGUGAACCAGGUGUGCUGUACAAGGACUGGGAAGGGCAAGCUGGUAAGCCCUGAAUGAUUACCUGCUUAUAUCAAACUGGAUAUUGGUGUUCUCCUUGGCUACUUAAAAUAAAUUGAAUUGUGAA